ACGCCAGGGUGCCCAGCCCUGUGCCAGGCGGUGAGAUAAGUCUCGGGGAGGUGCCGUGAGUCAAGGAAGGCCGUGCUGGGCUGUGCAGCCACACCGCCACGCUGCAGGGCACAUGUGCCCCAGCUCCCUGGGAUGCCCCGGCACCCACGCAGCCUGCCGAGAGCGACAGCACACCCGGGACGCUGAGCGGUCUCACAGACUACAAUUUGCCUUAGGACUCCAGGCUGGUUUCCAGGACGGACAUUUACCAGGCUGCAUCCCCAAAUUUUAAAGGGUGAUUCGUGACUGUUGGCCACCCACUCGGUUGUGCUCUCUCCCCCCUCCCCAUCAUGCGAGUGGCAGGCGUGAUCCGGUCGGUGGUACUGCUCCUCAUGCUGCUGGGCACGUGGUUCGUCAUGCAGACAUAUUUUGAUCACAGGUGGAAAGUCAUCAACCCGCGGAGCUGGCUCGGUGUCAACAAGCCCAAAACCACGCAGCUACCCCGGCACAAGUGCGGGAACCAGAGGAGCUGCCCCCAGAACUAUUUUGCCUUCAAGAUCACCAGCGGCGCCGCAAACGUGGUGGGACCCUCCAUCUGCUUCGACGACACAAUCAUCAUGAGCAGUGUGAAAAACAACAUUGGCAGAGGCCUGAACAUCGUGCUGGUGAAUGGAACAAACGGGAAGCUCCUGAAAACGGGCAUAUUCGACAUGUACUCCGGAGACAUUAACAAACUGGAUGCCUUCCUCCAAGAGAUCAAAGUUGGCACCAUCGUGCUGGUAUCCAGCUAUGAUGACCCUGCCACAAAGAUGAAUGCCAAAGUACAGGCACAUUUUGAAGCGCUGGGCAGCAGCCACGUGAGGAAGCUGGGCUUCCGGGACAACUGGGUCUUCUUGGGAGCCAAAGGGAUGAAGAACAAGAGCCCCUUUGAAGAGUACAUCAAAAACGAUAGGAAAACAAAUAAAUAUGAUGGCUGGCCUGAGAUGCUGGAGAUGGAGGGCUGUACCCCCAGGAAGAUGGAUUAGCAUCAAGCCCCAGCCUGCCAUGAAGGGAAGCUGCCACCAGUCUCACAGAGACACCAGCCCCGUCACACCGACCCCAGGUCCCACCACCACAUGGUCACACAGCCCAACACACCUGCCUGCUCCCAGGGACUGGCUAUUUCAGAGCAGGGGCUGCGCAGGACUUGGAGAAGAGCUGUACAAGUGCCUGCAGAGCCUGAGCGAAUGCCCAGCCAGAUUUCAGACAAGCUGUCCUCAUCUAUGGGUCAAUCUGGAGCAUUCAAUUUUUCUGUCUUUAAACAAAAAAACUUUGUAUGAAGGUUUUUCACAUUUCUUAAAUAAGAUAUCUAAUUAUAAAA